AUGGACAAUAAUGAUUAUGAGUCAAUAAAUCUAGCAUCAACUCUCAAAAGUGAGCUAAAUGCAAAGUCGCCGAGUAGACAUUCCCUUUAUCAUCAAAAGGUUCCAGUUUCAGAGAGUGAAAGCUACGAUGAUGACGAAUUUGAACAUGAUCCCGAAGAGUUUAUAACAGAUAACCACAAUGACAUAAAAUACGAACAUAUCCAUCGAGAACAUAUAUUGCUUUACGAUAAACCAGACGAACAAUUGGCGGAAUCGAAUAAUACUUUGACAUUGGGACUGCUACAUCUAUCCGAGCUUGUGCCCCCGCUAGCAAACCAAAACUUCGAUGAACCAACAAAACAUCUUUCAGAACAAAUAAGAGAACUUGAGAACAACUUGGUCGAAUACUCACAAGUGUACAGUACACUUUUGAGAGAAGGAGACUCUAAUGUGGCCGAAAUUAGGUCAAAAGUUCUGCGAAUCUUUCAUCAAUUAUCCGAGUGCUACUUUUCAUUAAAUGAGCUAUACUCGAGGGAUGCAUCGUAUACAAAGUCUGUACAUACCUACUUUGACACCUGGAGACUGAAACGAGAUAGGAUUUUACAAAAAAUUCAGAGGACAAAGAGUGUUGAAAGUAAGCACGGUGCCAAGCUUGCUGGAUUAUUAAAUGAGUCUACUAGUGUUGAUAACGAAAUAAAAGAGCUUCAAAGUCGAAUAGCAGCAUUGAAUGAGAAGAAAUCGCUUUUGUCCAAAGAGAUAGAGGACACUACCAGUGUUUUGGAAAGUCGAACCGCUCUAUAUGGAGAAAACUUGCGCUACUUGGAACUGAGAGGGAAAGAAGUAUUGCUCGAGUAUUUACAGAACAACGGCUUACCCGAGUCUGACUUUACAUCUUUGAUCAAGGAGCAAGCUAUAGACCUUUCAUUUGAAUUUCCUAAAGAGUUAAACAACGUAAAGGAAAUUGAGAUGGAACAUGAAAAUGCUACUGCACAAUCCGCCACUCAUUCUACCUCUAUUCGCGAUUCCAAAACAGCUUCAUCUAUAGGGAUGAAGCCCUACGAACCACCUUUGGAACCGGCUCAUUUGCUUACAAAUGAUGACUCCCUACUAAAUCAUGGUCACGGUCCUACAGCAUUUGAAAAAGGGUACGCUAUUGGUGCUCAAAAUUCAAGAAUCUUUAAAAGUCAAGUUCAGAGCCUCAUUCACAAAGUUGUUCUGCAUGUUCCGCAAAGGAGCCAAUUGCCUCAGAUACAACCAAAUAGGACGCUAACUACGACAUUGGAUGUUGAGCCCAUAACCACUUUUUUACGGCUACGAGUGGACGCCUUAAACGAUUUGGUCAUGAGCACAUCUAAAACAGCUGCAUCUUACCAUGGCUGUGAUAACCAAUGGAAUCUAGUGCAACAGAUAUUGGCGUCACAGGAGGAAAAAGUUGAAUCAAUUUUGAAAGAGUCUACGGUCGACGCGGACACUAUGCCAGUUAUUCAAACCUUGAUGCAAACGCGUGAUAAAUUAGAGCUGGCCGCCACAUCUAUCUCGCUACUACAUCUGGGAGGAAUAUUGCUGCAAUUAGUAAGUGAUGAAAUCAACGCUGUGAAUGAAGCCUUCACAGUUGUGACGAAAGAAGGACAUAAUACAAGGUCCAAACAAAUGAAGCAGAGUUGA